AUGAAAUGUUUAGUGAUUAUAAUAACUGCCAUAAUAUGUGAAGAAAUAUCUGCCACUUCUACUAAUUCAUCAAUAGUUUCAACAGUUUUACCUACCAGUGCCAGAGUCUGGUAUUUUAGGGGUCCAUUUAAGAACAAUUGGUAUAAUUUAAUACUAUAUAUAUUGUGUCUAAUCAUUGGUCUGCUGUUACUCUUGUGUUGCAUUUGUGUCAUAUGUUUUCUUUGUUGUCGCAAACGCCGGAGUGAGUCGUUAAAUGUGACGCCGUCUGAGUUGAUAGCAGUGGGCGCCACACCAUCUGACUUGAAGGCGGCAGAAAUAACACCUUCGGUACUGAAAACUUCGGGGGCGACGUACUCACAAAUGGCCAAAUUGGGUGCCACACCAUCACAAUUGGUUGAGGUCGGAGCUGACAAACAAACUUUACAGAAAUUAGGUGCAACUCAAAGCCAACUGUCUCACGUCGGCUUCUCUGACAAAAAGACACCUCCGCAAUUGGUAUCAACUAAAGAAAAGGAUGAUAAGGCCGUUACUUCAAAGGUUAAUAAGAUUUCAGUAAAAGACAAUCUAAAGUCUAAGGUUAUGCCAAACAAAAGUAAUGAAAAGUCCAAAGAAAGUUCAAAAAUUAGACAAAAUAUUCAAUUAUUUGCCGAAAAAGUCAAAACCAGAUCAAAAGCCAAGUCGACGACAGCCGCGACUGGUGUGGAGUCAACCAAACCUGUGCUCAAUGCAGGUAUAUCUACAGUCUCUACCUCUCCCGACAAAAAGGCGGCUGCACUUAAAGCUACCGAUGACUCUAUGUCCUUAUCUAUGGGACCCACCAGUAAAAUGUAG